AUGAUUUCCGAUCAGCCAAUUGACUCUCUCUACAGAGCCUUCUUCCAAACCCAAUUCUCCCAAUCCCCACCGCCGGACUCCCAGCUCGACGGAAUCGCCGCCGUCGUCGGCCGGAAAGUCCUCUUCGGCGACAUUCCUCCCUCAACCAGCAGGUCAAAGACGCCGGCCGUUACGGGGCAGAAGAGUUAUAGAGGAGUACGAAAGCGGCCGUGGGGACGGUGGUCGGCAGAGAUACGAGACCGAAUCGGACGGUGCAGACACUGGCUGGGAACGUUCGAUACGGCGGAAGAGGCGGCGCGUGCAUACGACGCGGCGGCGAGGCGGUUGAGAGGAUCAAAGGCGCGAACUAACUUCGAAAUGCCGUUGGUAGUACCGCUUGAGUCCACAUCAUCAUCAUCCACGUCAUCAGUGGAAGGGAAAAGGAAUGGUAAUAAUGGUAAUAAGUUGAAGGCGGUGAAGAAACCAAGUGGGCGGAAAUGUGCGGUGGUUACGACGGCGGCGCAUUUGUUCAGCCGUGGAAUGGAGCUUGAUUUGAAACUGGGGGUUGACUUUGUUAAUGGUGGUCAAAGUGCAUCAUAA